CUUUCCCCCCUUCCCUCGUCUGCAGGUGGAGGAGCAGCAGCGGAAGGGGAGGAGAAGAGGACACUGCAACCUACUUGAAUAAUUGAUAGGCUGGGCUGCGAAGGGGGAGCCAGCAAAUGCGGAGGAGCAGCCGGACGCCGGGCUCCCUGCGUCGCCUCCUCCGCCACCAUCCUCCUGUCCCGACGCUGGAGAUGAGAGAGCAGCGCACAGGAAGUCUGAUGAGGCAGAGCAUUGCAUCAGGGACAUCCUAGACUCAUCCACAGAGGACCCUCAGGCUGACCUUAACCCAGCAGUUCAAAACAAGGCAGUGGAUUUGUUUGAAAUGAUUGAAAAAAUGCAGAGAAGUCGUUUGGAUGAGCAAAGAUGUUCGCUACCAGCUCCACUCAAGGUCAGUUCUGCUCUCCAAAUCUAAAACUGAGAUCUCCAGUGCAAUUUUAGAAUUGCAAAUGAGGGAAGAGGAGUAUAUCCCAUACCCCAGCAUCCACGAGGUGUUACGGAGAGGAUGGCCUUACCCACUCAUUAUCUUGCCCCAGUUUGGGGGUUAUUGGAUUGAAGGGACCUGUCACAGCCUGUCUGGCUCAGAAUUGCAUGAUUUGCCAUCCCCUUGCAGUGGCAAAGUGAAGCUAGAGUGUGAUCCAACAGCCAAACUGUACCGCAAGCACUUCCUGGGAAAGGAGCAUCAGAAUUUUUAUGCCAAUGACACAGCUUUGGGCUACUUGGUCCUUUCUGUGAAGUAUGAGCAAGUUGAGAGGCAAGAUAACCUGCGUCUGCUCCUGAGGGUUCGGACAAGUACCAAGCAAGACCUGAUUCCUAUUUCUUGCCUGAAUGAGUUCCCCAAUGCUGUCCAGAUGGCAAAGCCUAAGAUCAGAGUUGCUGCCACCAGCAGGAUUUUAAAGCUGCUGUGUGAGGAUGUGAAUGUCGACCGCUUCUUCCCUGUGCUGUAUCCCAAGGCUUCCCAACUCAUUGUUGCAUUUGAUGAACAUGUCAUCAGCAAUAACUUCAAGUUUGGGGUUAUCUACCAGAAACCUGGACAGACCACAGAAGAAGAAAUCUUCAGUAAUACAGAGGAGAGUCUAGGCUUCUUAGAGUUUUUAGAUCUCCUUGGGGACAGAAUCCAGCUGCAGGACUUCCGCGGAUUCCGAGGUGGCUUGGAUGUUACGAGAGGUCAGACAGGAACAGAGUCUGUCUACACCAAUUUCCGGGGCAAGGAGAUCAUGUUCCAUGUCUCUACAAAGCUACCCUUCACAGAGGGAGAUGCCCAGCAGCUUCAGCGGAAGCGCCACAUUGGGAACGAUAUUGUGGCCAUUGUCUUCCAGGAUGAAAAUACUCCCUUUGUCCCUGACAUGAUUGCCUCCAAUUUCCUGCAUGCCUAUGUGGUAGUGCAGCUUCAUCACCAUGCCCUUGGGGAGACUCUCUACAAGGUUUCUGUUACAGCUCGUGAUGAUGUGCCCUUCUUUGGACCCCCUCUUCCAAACCCAGCAGUUUUCAAGAAGGGCGCAGAAUUCCGCGAGUUUCUCCUGGCAAAGCUUAUAAAUGCAGAGUACAGCUGCUACCAUGCUGAGAAAUUUGCUAAGCUGGAGGAGCGGACCCGCAGUGCUCUUCUCGAGAGUCUUUAUGAGGAGCUGCAGAUCCGGAGCCGCAGCAUGAUGGGCUUGGCCUCUGGAGAUGAUGACAAGAUAGAGAAUGGGGGUGGUGGCUUCUUUGAGAAUUUCAAGCGGGUGAUCCGGGGCCGUAGCCAGAGCCUGGAUACUAUGGGGAUAGCCAUGAGGAAGCAGCAGCAGCAGCUGCUGCAGCAGCCGCCAUCCACUCCGCCCAGCCGCCCGGCUACUGCUGGUCUUGCUCUCAACCAGAGUGUCGCCGAGGGCCCCAAGGCCAUUGCUGCGUCCUUUGCCCUGCCUGGGAGAAGCCCGUCGCGCAACCGGGGCAGCCGCUUCAAUGGGAGACGCAGUAGUGCCAUUGGCAUUGAGAACAUCCAAGAGGAGAGGAGCAAAGACGUUGCUGAAAGAAUACAGAAGGUACUGGAGAGUCCAGGACCCUUCUUUGACCUCAAGUCAGAUGGUUCCUCCAGUCCCAGUUCCCCAGAAUUCCCUAACAGGAAGAGCAACAGAAUCCCCUCCAGCCAGACAUCCGGGUAUUGUGUGAUGCAGCCCCUUUCCCGCUCCUCAUCCAAUGUGAGCAGCUGUUGCAGUGGAGUGAGAGAAAAUGAAACGUCUGAGGAGGAGGAGAAUGAGGCGGAGUUGAUGUGUUCCCUUGAAGGUCCCCAGAAGCAGGACACGCUGGCUCAGAGUGCAUGGUUGGACGAUAAUGUCUGUACACCCAGCAGUACCAGCUCACCAGUAACUCGGCUGCUCCCUUCUGGCAGUGGUGCAGGCUCCAUGGAGAAGGGGAAAGGUGGCAAAGUGGAUGCUCAGCGUUACAGCCCAGAUUUGUUGCCAAAGCCAGACCUCGCAGCAACUCCUCACUCUGAGGUUCAGAGGAGAUGAAGCUGGAUCCCCAGAAAUGCCCAGCCUGGUCCUUCUGCUUCAUUCAGUGACAACUGCACCGUAGGCAGUAAGGAAACCAACCCCCAAGUCAAAUGUGGCAUUUGCUCAUCCAUAUGUGUCAUUCCAGUUCAGCAACCGUGGGAGGCCAGGACCAGCCUCAGUCCAAAGAGGGAGCCUCCCAUCUGCCAUAACUUCAGAAGCAAACAGGAGGGGAGGGCUUUUUCUGUCUGUCCUUAUUACAGCUAAAGUUCAUUGUCCAUGAUCCAAAAUGGAAGGACUCUUGUACCCAACUAAGCCUUCUCAGGAAGGCAGUGUCUGUAUCCCAAAUUCAUUCUCCAGACUCCAGGCCUCAAAAACUGAGUACUGAAAACCUUAUCACUCCAAAGAUUAGACCCGAUUUGUAAGGAGGCCUGCUCCAACAGGUGCUGCAUUACGCAGCAUAAAUACGUGUACAUAUGACAGCAGGAGGGGUGUGUGUUCCAUUUCAUAAUUCAUAGGACUCCUCAGAUCUAUGGAAUUCCACUGUACAACCUCCCCCGCCCCUCUUCCUUGAGUCUCUGUGCCAUCAUGAAGAAAGAACCUGUCAAUGUGAAUUUGUGACCCUCGCUCCAUGCUUGUUGUGUCUGUGGUGUCUUGGGCUUGCAAUAAAAAGAAUACUGUGACCAAUA